AUGGCACCCGCACAAAUGAAAGCGCUGGUCUCUGCACCCGAUCACACGACCGAGGUCAAAGAGGUCAGCGUUCCAAAGCCCCAAGCGGGAGAGGUGCUGAUCAAGGUGUCCACCGUCACGCUCAAUCCCACAGACUGGAAGGUGAGUCUCGAUGCAGCCAGCGAAGUAGACUAUAUCUAUAUGCGCCCCCUUUUUCGCGCUCAUGGAUGUCGAGACCUUCAUCUUCUUGUUCGCUCAUCCAUCCAUUCAUUCUUUGCACGCGCGCAGCACGCAGCCUUCAUGUCCACCCCGUCUCAAAUCCUAGGCUGUGACUUUUGCGGCACGGUGCAGGAUUCCAACGGGACGGAUUUGGCGGUGGGGACCAGAGUGGCAGGCUUCGUGCAUGGCGGCAAGUACGAAGAUCGCGGUAGCUUUGCCGAAUAUUUAAAGGCGAGGGCGGAUACGCUUAGCAAGGCUCCUGCCAACGUCGACGACGCCGUCGCUUCCAGCGUCGGCAUUGCGGGGUACACUGCUGCGCAAGUGAGUGCACCGCAGCUUCAUCCGCGGGCAUCACUUGGUGUUGCAUCGAGGUAUCUGACAAGGGAUACCGCUCGUUUACUCCCUGCUGCACUAGGCACUAUUCAGUCGAUUGGAAUUGAAUUUGCCAAGCAAAACCGACACUCUUCCUGCGCUCGACUCAAACUCUCCAAAGCUGCUCGUUUGGGCCGGCUCAAGUUCCGUUGGCCAGUAGUGAGUUGGCUCAUCUCGCCCCAGUGCGAAGUGAGGCCUCGACCUCGAGGCGGUGCACUGAUCGCACACGCAUACGCUUGUCUUUCCUCCUUCAGCGCUGUACAACUUGGUCGAAUCGCUGGCUACCACGUCAUCACGACAGCCUCACCCAAGGUGAGUGGAUGCGUGUUCUCUAGGGCUUUCUCUUUGCCUCGCAGCUCAUGUUCGUAACGGCCGUGCUCAUGAUGCAGAACCACGAGUAUCUCAGGUCGAUCGGAGCUUCAGAGACGUACGACUAUCGCCAAGAGGCUCUUCCGGAGCUCAUCAGCAAACAGCAUCCGACUUUGAGCGCGGCAUUGGACUGCAUCAGCGAAGGUGGAACGCAGGGCUUGUGCGCUCGAAGUCUGGGAAGCAGCGGUGGAACAGUCGUGGUUCUGCUCAAGCCCGAGAAGGAAGCGAUCGAAAUACGCAACGAUGUCAAGAUCGUGCACACGCUGUGAGUCACUUUAUCCACCUAUCCGUGUCGCUGAACUCUUAAUGUGCCGGGCUGACGAUGCAACAUGCACGAUCAACCAGCGUGUACAGCGUGCUUGGCCAUCCGUUCGCGUACGGGAAAGCCACGUACGACGAAGCUACAGUCUCAGCAGAGAAUGCAAAGAUGCAAGCAUUCACUAGCCAAGGUAUCUUUAGGCACCUCUUUGCUAGCGGUCUAUUGCGCGGAAACGUCAUCAAACAUAUGGACGGUGGUUUGUCGGGCAUUCCGCAAGGCUUCAAGUAUAUGCAGGAAGGAAAGGUGAGCCGGUUUAACCUGAACAUUGCCGUCGUCGAACAACGCUCAGAUCCAGUGACCCAAUUCGGGCACUUCACGGACAGGUCUCGCUGGAGAAGCUUGCAUAUCGCAUCGGCUGA